AUGACUAUUUGUGCUGUGAAAUCAUGUAAAAAUUACUCUUGGAAAAAAGAUAAGGAUAAGAACAUCACUUUUCAUAAAUUUCCAACUGAUCCCGUAACUUCAAGUCGUUGGACUGAAAUAAUAAGGCGGGCUAGAAAUGAAUCCUGGUGGAAGCCUAAAGAAAGGACGUGUAUUUGUUCAGUUCACUUUCAUGUCAAGGACACUUACACAACAAAGAGUGGGCGUCGUAGAAUUCGCUCGGGGGCUGUGCCUACAAAGGCUUUAUACAUAUCUUCAAUAAUCUCUGAUGAUGACGAAACAGAGAAUCUGAACGAAGACGAUGAUAUACCUUCAAAUUUAGAUGGUAAUUCGGAAGAACUUGUGGAAAAGAACCUGAAUGAAUCUAGUACUUCGACGGGACAAAAAACGGGAAAUAAUGAAUCUGCAAUCACAAACCAAGAAGAGGAGCCGGAAAUACAGUCGUCGGACUUGGAAUCGAUUUUAGACACACCAAAGAAAGCAAAACUAAGAAAAGAACUCAGAAGAAAAAGCGCACUUCAAAUGAAGCAUGUUAAAAAAAUUAAACUUUUGCAGCAAAAAAAUCGUCGACUUAGGAAAGAAAUGCCUCCUUACGACAAGUUAUAG